GCUGCGGCGCUCUCACGCGACCACUGCACGCCGUCGACGCGACGUUAACCUCUCCGUGACGCGUCCGAGCUGCUGCGGUCGCUCCGUCGGCUGCCCGAAGCCGUGAGAGCCAACACACAGAGGAGGCUGCCAUGGGGGAGUGGGAGCGGCGCUGGCGGGGGCCGCCCCACGACAAAUCUCUGGACGAGCUGCCCAUGGCCACGGUCCGGUUCCUCGAUAGCUUGCGAGUGAUGGUCGCGGACACCUACCCGGGCGGCCCGGGCGACGUCGUCGCGAUCCGGCCCGGCGACGACUCUGAGGAAGACGACGACUGCGACGACUGGGAGGGGAAGAUGCUCACGGCACGAGACGUGUGCGACCACGUGCGUGAGACGCUCGGGUGGUCGUCGAAGAACCUGCGCGUGACGUGGAACGGUCGCGCGCUGCGCGACAAGGAGACGCUCUACGCGGCCGGCGUGCGCUUCGACUCGACGAUCCACGUCGUCGAUGCGGCCCGCGUCAAGGAGGAAGGCGAGCUGCCCGGUAAAAGCGCGGCGCCGGUCGCGGGCGCGGAACCGGGCGAGGUCUCGCCCGUCAAGCGCGAGUUCCCCGUCGAGGCCGCCGAGGAGGUCCUCGAGGCGCCGAACCCCUACGCGCCGGCGCCCGCCGAGCCCGACGACGACUGGCGGGCCCGGACGCGGUUGGUGUGUUCGCCCCAGGGGCCGGUGCGAUAUUAAUUCACAUAUGU